GAAGACAGGUGACCAGGGCCAGGCUGCAAUGAACGGGCUGAAGGAGAAGGUGCUGACGCUGGACACCAUGAACCAGUGCGUGCGCAGGGUGGAGUAUGCGGUGCGUGGCCCCAUCAUGCUUCGUGCCCUGGAGCUGGAGCAGGAGCUGCGCCAGGGCGUAAAGAAACCCUUCACCGAGGUCAUCCGUGCCAACAUCGGGGACGCGCAGGCCAUGGGGCAGAAGCCCAUCACCUUCAUGCGCCAGGUCCUGGCCCUCUGUGUCGACCCUGAGCUUCUGAGCAGCUCCCACUUCCCCGAGGAUGCCAAGAGAAGGGCAGAGCGCAUUUUGCAAGCCUGCGGGGGCCACAGCCUGGGGGCCUACAGCGUCAGCUCGGGCAUCCAGCUGAUCCGCGAGGACGUGGCGCGGUACAUCGAGCGGCGCGACGGAGGCAUCCCCUCGAACCCCAACAACAUCUUCCUGUCUACAGGGGCCAGCGACGCCAUCGUGACGGUGCUGAAGUUGCUGGUGGCUGGCGAGGGCCGCGCGCGCACGGGCGUGCUCAUCCCCAUCCCACAGUACCCGCUCUACUCGGCCACGCUGGCCGAGCUCAACGCCGUGCAAGUCAACUACUACUUGGACGAGGAACACGCCUGGGCGCUAGACGUGGGCGAGCUGAGGCGAGCGCUUCACCAGGCGCGCGACCGAUGUCGCCCGCGCGCGCUCUGCGUCAUCAACCCCGGUAACCCCACAGGGCAGGUGCAGACCCGCGAGUGCAUCGAAGCCGUGAUCCGCCUCGCCUUUGAGGAGCGCCUAUUCCUGCUGGCUGACGAGGUGUACCAGGACAACGUGUACGCCGAGGGCUCGCAGUUCCACUCGUUCAAGAAGGUGCUUACGGAGAUGGGGCCGCCGUACGCUGCUCAGCAGGAGCUCGCCUCCUUCCACUCCGCUUCCAAGGGCUACAUGGGCGAGUGUGGGUUUCGCGGCGGCUACGUGGAGGUAGUGAACAUGGAUGCUGCGGUGCAGCAGCAGAUGCUGAAGCUGAUGAGCGUGCGGCUGUGCCCGCCUGUGCCUGGCCAAGCCCUGCUCCACGCGGUGGUCAGCCCGCCCGGGCCCUCCGAUCCCUCCUUUGCUCAGUUCCAGGCGGAGAAGCAGGCGGUGCUGGCCGAACUGGCGGCCAAGGCCAAGCUCACAGAGCAAAUCUUCAGCAAGACUCCCGGCAUCCGCUGUAACCCGGUGCAGGGCGCCAUGUACUCCUUCCCCCGCAUGCACCUGCCCCCGCGCGCCGUGCAGCGCGCGCAGGAGCUGGGCCUGGCCCCGGAUAUGUUCUUCUGCAUGCGCCUGCUGGAGGAGACCGGCAUCUGCGUGGUGCCCGGGAGCGGCUUCGGGCAGCGGGAAGGCACCUACCACUUCCGGAUGACCAUUCUGCCCCCCAUGGAGAAGCUGCGGCCCCUGCUGGAGAAGCUGAGCCAGUUCCACGCCAAGUUCACCCUCGAGUACUCCUGAGGCCGUCCGGGGGCCGCGCAGGCCAGGCUGGGCCAGCAGGGCCACCUUGGGAGUCACCGUGCCCAGGACCCUGGGGGUCUUUGGGGCCCUCUGGACUUGCUCUUGUUGCCUGGGGGCUGCGCCCCUGCCUGUCUGCAGGCUCCUAAUAAA